UUAUAAUCCUGGCUCUCAUUCUCCAGACCAAGACCCAAACAAAGCAUAAAAGAAUAAAGAAGUCCACACUUUGGCUUCCCCUUGCAUCCAUUUCUAACCAACAGAAAGAACGCAAGAGGCAACCAAAAACACAAAUCCUUGAUUUCCACAAAUUAAAGAAAACCUGAGAUGGGAAUAGUUGAAGAAGCACACAACGUCAAGGUUUUAGGGAUAGGGGAUCGAACCAUAGUCCUAGCUCAUGGGUUUGGGACAGACCAAUCUGUGUGGAAACAUCUGGUUCCUCAUCUAGUUGGCGAUUACAAGGUUGUCUUGUUUGACAACAUGGGUGCUGGAACUACCAACCCAGACUACUUUGACUUUGAAAGGUAUUCAACUUUAGAAGGCUAUGUCUAUGAUGUGAUCGCUAUUUUGGAAGAACUCCAAAUUACUAGUUGCAUUUAUGUUGGACACUCUGUUUCUGCUAUGGUUGGUGUCAUCGCUUCUGUUGCUCGUCCCGAUCUCUUCACCAAACUUGUCACCGUCUCUGGUUCUCCCAGGUAUUUGAAUGACGUGGACUAUUACGGAGGAUUCGAGCAAGAAGAUCUGGAUCAACUGUUUGAAACAAUGAGAUCAAAUUACAAGGCAUGGUGUUCUGGUUUUGCACUUUUAGCUGUAGGAGGUGACAUGGAUUCAGUGGCAGUACAGGAACUCAGCAGGACAUUAUUCAACAUGAGACCAGACAUUGCAUUAAGCGUGUUACAAAUCAUAUUCCUAAGUGAUUUAAGGCAUUUGUUGCCUCAUGUGACUGUUCCCUGUCAUAUAAUUCAAAGCAUGAAGGAUUUGGUUGUACCAGUGGUGGUUUCUGAAUACCUUCACCAGAACCUCGGCGGCGGAUCUAUCGUG